AUUGUUUACAACACAGACUCUCCAGCACGGAACUGUUAGGGGACAACUCUCAUCAUUAUGUCGCAGUCCACCGAGUCUGACGACAGCAGUAUGUUUUCAGGUAGCCGGUUGGAACUCCCCCCACUACGGACUAAGGCCCGUGGAUUAGCACUCCUGUUUGGGCAUCUCACGCCUCCAGAGGAUGUCGACGACGAAGGUAUUAUUACCAAGUGUAUAACGCAGCUCAUGAGGACCGCGUGCGAUCACUAGAACACCACCAACGUUAUGCUAGUGCACCCAACGAGAUAGCAACCGAUGUACCUACCGCGUCUAGUUUCGAAAGAUUACAACAAGAAGUAAAGGGACUCGAUGAAGUCGUCAAUGAAAGGGAUAUAAGGGUAUCUGAAGCUGAAGGGGAUAUUGGAAAUAUAAAGGCAGAGAUGGAAGAAGUCCAAGAAUUCAUGGAGAAUGGCAAUAUUGUGACUGACGAACACCUACGCGAAAUCCUUCCAACUCUUGCUACCAAGACCGACCUCAAGGCCGACCUCAAAGAACUUCGCCUUACAACUAAGGCUGACCUCAAGAACGGCCUCGAAGAACUUCGCCUUACAACUAAGGCUGACCUUAAGACCGGACUCGAAGAACUUCGCCUUGCAACCAAGGCUGACCUUAAGACCGGACUGGAAGAACUUCGCCUUGCAACCAAGGCUGACCUUGAAGAACUCAAGACCGACCUCGAAGGACUUCGUCUAGAAAUUCGUGCAUCACAAAACUACAGAGCAUCUAGAUUCUUCGACGAAGUUCAGUCUCUUCCUAUCAUUCGAGACAGGGAUGGAGUGAAGCGGAUUGAAUAUAUUUCAACCCCAUUACGGCAAGUAAAACACUAUUGGAAUCUGCACAACCAAGAGCAUGCGUCAGAGUUAGUUCGUUGUCUUGAAUUCUACCUUGCUAUUGAUACUUGGCCCUUUAAAGCCUUGGAUGAAGCCGAUGACUUUGAUAACGUUGACGUCGACUUAUUGGGUCCCUUGCUGCAUACUGUUCCUACAUCAUGGGAAGAAGCAGUGAAGCUAUCUCCUAGACGCUCUGUUUACCUGCUCUUCGGAGCGUUAGGGCUUAGGUAUGACCAUUUUUCGGAACAGUACGAUAUGAUGAAGGCCUUAGGCACUCAACGCCAGAGCGCUACGAAGUCAAAGGCUUCGGAAUCGCAGCCUGCUAUUCGCGUGAAGCGCGCAAAGAACGAAUCGUCUGAAUCGACUACCGAGCCUUUCACGACCUGAAAUACUCUCAUGGACAAACUGAUGGCUUGAGGGUCGAUGUUCGAAGAGGGCAAUUAUGACGAGAAUGGCGCGGAGAGCGGGAUGAGGGAAUGGGGGUUGUCUACGACGCGGACAACUAAUCGCCGCUCAUCCACAAUGUUGCGUCCGUACCUGAGCAAACCGGUCAGCAUUUCAUUCCUAACUCAAAGCGUCUUGAUUGAGGAAAAUACUCGCUACACCCAACCCUGCUGUUGUUCCACGCUUCCUGUUAGAGAGAAUUGGGGAGCUGAUGGCCAUAGUACAUGGCCGUACGUACAAACAUUGACUGAUCGACUGUGGCCUACGCAUGUGGAUAGGACGAUGAACAAUGUAGUAUUCAAAUGGCCGACCUUGGAUACAAUCUAGAGUAAAUACUACUUGUAGAGCAUAGCCAAUAUCCAAAUUACUGCACGCGU